AUGAAUGCAGAUCAGUUCAAUCAAUUCCUUACUAUAUUUCAAGAACAACAGAGACAACAGCAAGAAAACCAGAACAAGUUUAUUAAAGAAGUACUAGAAACUGUCUUAAAACAGAAUGAUCAACAGACUGAGAUACCUCGGGUCAACUACUCAAAUGUGGCUCCUUUUGAAAACUAUGAUCCAAAGAAAGAAAAAUUUACAUGUUACCUAGAACGUUUUGAAAACUAUUACACCAUGAAAGGCCUAACAGACUCAACUAAGAUUGGACAGCUACUGUGCAUCUCUAUCGGCAGUGAUCAUUAUAACAAUCUUAAUUCUUUUCUAGACCCCGAGAAACAAUUGAAAAGUCUCAACUAUGAUGAGCUUAUCACAGCAUUCAAGCAGUUAUUGAUUCCUAAGAAGAACGUUGUAGUAUCUCAACACUAUUUUCUAAAUGUAUUUCAAAAAGAACACCAAUCAAUAACAGAAUUCGUGGCUUCCCUACAACAUGAUAUUGCUGAGUGUGAAUUUUCUGUCAAGUGUUCAUGUGACCAGACAGUUUCAAUUGCCGAAGUUUUCCUGAGAGCCCAGUUUAUUCGAGGUUUGCGAGAUGACUGGCUACGAGAACAAAUUCUACGGUCAACUGAAACUACUUUUGAAGGAAUCCUUACCAGAGCAAUCGCCCUCGAAGCAUCAAAAAUUGAAUCCAGGGAACUGUCUAAACGUUCACAUUCAAGUAGGCCUAAUGCAAAUUUCAAUAUAUGUGACGAUGUGAAUAAAGUUUCACAUAAAGCCAAGAAAUCUCAAUUCCAAACCAGUAAUCGACCUUCCAGACAGCAACAGGGUCACUCCUCACGCUCUCGAACACGUCCAGAUCUGAAAUCUCUUGGAAUUGGUAAUCUUUGCUUCAGGUAUGGAAAAGACAAUCACCAAGCAUCCGAAUGCCGCACCGACAAAUCCAAGCUCAAGUGCAACAAAUGUAACAAGCAAGGACACAUAUCUAAAGUGUGCAUUUCGACCCUUAUCGCAGAACAGAAGAAAAUCAAUUCUCCCAGUGCAGCCAACUACAUCCAGUGCUGUUCUCCUACAGAGUCUACAUUAAAAUUUUCUGAUUACGGACUAAAUAAAGUAACUAAUGUCAAUUCAAGCCCGAAGUUACUAGAUCUGUUUGAAGUAAAUAACAAUUCAGACAAAUACAUGAUCACAGUUCAUCUCAAUGGACGACGCCACCCGUCCCAGUCAGGUAAUAUUAUCAAACCUGAAGGGAAAGUGAAAAUAAAUGUUACUUACUGUGGACGUUGCAUCAAAGAGGAACUCCACAUUGUUCCAACAGGGCACGAAGCACUCUUGGGACGUCAAUGGAUAAGAGCCCUAGGAAUCGAACUGAACGAAUUGAAUGAAGACACAAAUCAAAGCACUCGAAUUUCCCAAAUCAAAAGAAUCCAGUCUCCUGAAGAAAUCUUUGAGUCUUUUUCCAACAUUUUUGAAGAGAAAAUUGGAUGCGUUCCAGACUUCAAAGUGUCAUUACAGCUUCGAAAUGGUGCAAAACCUAUUUUUGUUAAGGAACGAAAUGUCCCACAUGCUUUAACCGACCGAGUGAACAAGGAAUUGGACACACUGGAAAAUGAAGGGAUCAUUUCACCUGUAGAGGCCAGCGAUUGGGGAUCGCCACUGGUUGUCAUUCCUAAACCAGACGGUGGUGUCCGCCUCUGCGUCGAUUACAAAUGCGGUGUCAACGAGCGUCUAAUUCAAGCAAAUCAUCCUAUAAGGCGUAUUGAUGAUGUUAUUGACAGUUUGCGCAAUUCAAAAUACUUUUGCAAACUUGACCUCUACAAAGCCUAUUUACAUCUCCAGGUGUAUGAAGAAUCUAGCAUGAUACAGACAAUGACGACUCACAGAGGUACUUAUAGAAAACAAAUGCUCAUUUUUUCAAGAAAAAUUGAGUAUUUAGGACGAGUCGUAGAGUUCAACAAAGUUAGUAAAUCUCCAACAAAAAUUCAAGCAGUCCAACAGAUGCCUCGCCCGUCCAAUACUGAAGAGGUCAAACGUCUACUCGGACUUGUGUCGUACUACUCACGUUUCAUCCCUGAUGCUUCAACUAUCACAUAUCCUCUGCGACGUCUGUUACAGAAAAAUAUGAAAUGGGAAUGGAAUUCAUCCUGUGAAGCAGCAUUUUUACAAAUCAAAUCAGAGCUCUGCAGUGAUCGAGUUCUCGUACCUUUCGAUCCGGCUCUCCCUCUAGUACUAACUACAGACGCCAGCCCUGCAGGACUUGCAGCCGUGCUUAGUCAUGUCACAGAAGGAGAAGAAAAGCCCAUUGCAUGCUUCACGUUCUCUUACAGUUUCUGA